AUGUUCUCACGCCCAGCACACCAUGCUGUUCUCACGCCCAGCACACCAUGCUGUUCUCACGCCCAGCACACCAUGCUGUUCUCACGCCCAGCACGCCAUGCUGUUCUCACGCCCAGCACACCAUGCUGUUCUCACGCCCAGCACGCCAUGCUGUUCUCACGCCCAGCACGCCAUGCUGUUCUCACGCCCAGCACGCCAUGCUGUUCUCACGCCCAGCACGCCAUGCUGUUCUCACGCCCAGCACGCCAUGCUGUUCUCACGCCCAGCACGCCAUGCUGUUCUCACGCCCAGCACGCCAUGCUGUUCUCACGCCCAGCACGCCAUGCUGUUCUCACGCCCAGCACGCCAUGCUGUUCUCACGCCCAGCACGCCAUGCUGUUCUCACGCCCAGCACGCCAUGCUGUUCUCACGCCCAGCACGCCACGCUGUUCUCACGCCCAGCACGCCACGCUGUUCUCACGCCCAGCACGCCACGCUGUUCUCACGCCCAGCACGCCACGCUGUUCUCACGCCCAGCACGCCACGCUGUUCUACGGCCAGCACGCCACGCUGUUCUACGGCCAGCACGCCACGCUGUUCUACGGCCAGCACGCCAUGCUGUUCUACGGCCAGCACGCCAUGCUGUUCUACGGCCAGCACGCCAUGCUGUUCUACGGCCAGCACGCCAUGCUGUUCUACGGCCAGCACGCCAUGCUGUUCUACGGCCAGCGCGCCAUGCUGUUCUACGGCCAGCGCGCCAUGCUGUUCUACGGCCAGCGCGCCAUGCUGUUCUACGGCCAGCACGCCAUGCUGUUCUACGGCCAGCACGCCAUGCUGUUCUACGGCCAGCACGCCAUGCUGUUCUACGGCCAGCACGCCAUGCUGUUCUACGGCCAGCACGCCAUGCUGCUCUACGGCCAGCACGCCAUGCUGCUCUACGGCCAGCACGCCAUGCUGUUCUACAGCCAGCACGCCAUGCUGCUCUACGGCCAGCACGCCAUGCUGCUCUACGGCCAGCACGCCAUGCUGUUCUACGGCCAGCACGCCAUGCUGUUCUACGGCCAGCACGCCAUGCUGUUCUACGGCCAGCACGCCAUGCUGUUCUACGGCCAGCACGCCAUGCUGUUCUACGGCCAGCACGCCAUGCUGUUCUACGGCCAGCACGCCAUGCUGUUCUACGGCCAGCACGCCAUGCUGUUCUACGGCCAGCACACCAUGCUGUUCUACGGCCAGCACGCCAUGCUGUUCUACGGCCAGCGCGCCAUGCUGUUCUACGGCCAGCGCGCCAUGCUGUUCUACGGCCAGCGCGCCAUGCUGUUCUACGGCCAGCACGCCAUGCUGUUCUACGGCCAGCACGCCAUGCUGUUCUACGGCCAGCACGCCAUGCUGUUCUACGGCCAGCACGCCAUGCUGUUCUACGGCCAGCACGCCAUGCUGUUCUACGGCCAGCACGCCAUGCUGUUCUACGGCCAGCACGCCAUGCUGUUCUACGGCCAGCACGCCAUGCUGUUCUACGGCCAGCACGCCAUGCUGUUCUACGGCCAGCACGCCAUGCUGUUCUACGGCCAGCACACCAUGCUGUUCUACGGCCAGCACGCCAUGCUGUUCUACGGCCAGCGCGCCAUGCUGUUCUACGGCCAGCGCGCCAUGCUGUUCUACGGCCAGCGCGCCAUGCUGUUCUACGGCCAGCACGCCAUGCUGUUCUACGGCCAGCACGCCAUGCUGUUCUACGGCCAGCACGCCAUGCUGUUCUACGGCCAGCACGCCAUGCUGUUCUACGGCCAGCACACCAUGCUGUUCUACGGCCAGCACGCCAUGCUGUUCUACGGCCAGCGCGCCAUGCUGUUCUACGGCCAGCGCGCCAUGCUGUUCUACGGCCAGCGCGCCAUGCUGUUCUACGGCCAGCACGCCAUGCUGUUCUACGGCCAGCACGCCAUGCUGUUCUACGGCCAGCACGCCAUGCUGUUCUACGGCCAGCACGCCAUGCUGUUCUACGGCCAGCACGCCAUGCUGUUCUACGGCCAGCAGGCCAUGCUGUUCUACGGCCAGCACGCCAUGCUGUUCUACGGCCAGCACGCCAUGCUGCUCUACGGCCAGCACGCCAUGCUGCUCUACGGCCAGCACGCCAUGGUGCUCUACGGCCAGCACGCCAUGCUGUUCUACGGCCAGCACGCCAUGCUGUUCUACGGCCAGCACGCCAUGCUGUUCUACGGCCAGCACGCCAUGCUGUUCUACGGCCAGCACGCCAUGCUGUUCUCACGCCCAGCACGCCAUGCUGUUCUCACGCCCAGCACGCCAUGCUGUUCUGACGCCCAGCACGCCAUGCUUCACCUUGCACACGGGCAGCACGCCAUGCUUUACCAUCACCAUCACGGGCAGCACGCCAUGCUUUACCAUCACCAUCACGGGCAGCACGCCAUGCUCUACCAUCACCAUCACGGGCAGCACGCCAUGCUCUACCAUCACCAUCACGGGCAGCACGCCAUGCUUUACCAUCACCAUCACGGCACACGGCUCACCAUCAGCCUGCCGCACCUUGAACGUGUCGCCACUGUGUCCACCAGGUGGGCAGGGUCGGAGGGGAGCCAGGUCUGGUUGGCCAUGUCGAUGCCCGACCGCGUGAUCCACUCAAACGUGUCGGGCUGGGCAAGGCGUGCGAGCCAGAGCUCCACAGAGAGGCUGUGCUGCUCCAGGCGUAUGUAUGCCCCGUCCACCAGGGCUAGGACCCACCGGCAGCAGCACGCCAGCUGGCGGUUUAUAAAGGCGAUCUGUGGGGAAGCAAGGAGAGGGCAGACGGGAGAGGAGGAGGAGAGGGAGAAAAGGAAGCAGAGAGAGGAGGCACAGUGUGACCAUCGGCCUCUUGAAGGUUUGUCUGUGUGGGGAGGGGGAGGCGUGCAAGCCAGUGCUCCACGGGCAGGCUGUGCUGCUCCAGGCGCACGUAUGCGCCGUGCACCAGGACUAGCACCCACCGGCAGCAGCACGCCAGCUGGCGGUUAA